CUUUGAUCUCCCUAUAUCCUCCCCAAAUCGCGAAGAUGGGAGACAACGGAGAAUUGUCUGCAUCAAUCAAGUGGCCGAAGAUCAAAUCCAAACCCAAUCUCAGUGUCUCUUAUCUCAAGAAUCUUGAUCUCUUCACGGUGGAGAACUGUCUCACUAGUGAUGAAUCAAAGGGCUUUGUUAAAAUCGCAGAGUCUCUAGGUUUCACUCACCAAGGAAGCCGUGGCCCUGCUUAUGGUGAAGCUUUUAGAGAUAACCAUCGAAUCUCUGUGAACGAUCCUGUCCUUGCUGAUACAUUAUGGCAGUCCGGGCUUUCUAAUUUGUUUACUGAUAUCAAGAUUAGGAGGAAAGUCGCUGUUGGCUUGAAUCCAAACAUUCGAUUUUACAGGUAUAGUGCUGGUCAGCAUUUUGGCCGUCACAUUGAUGAAAGUGUUGAUCUUGAAGAUGGGAAGCGGACCUAUUACACAUUAUUGAUAUAUCUAAGCGGCAACAACAACGCAAAAUCAAAAUCCAAGAGCAGUUCUUCAAGCAAGACAAAUGAUUCUUCUUCAGCUGAGCCUUUAGUUGGUGGAGAAACUGUCUUUUAUGGUUCAAGAAACAGUAUUGUAGCUGAGGUAGCUCCAGUGGAAGGUAUGGCUCUCUUUCACAUCCAUGGAGACAAGUGUAUGUUACAUGAAGGAAGAAAUGUCUCCAAGGGAGUCAAGUAUGUGUUCCGUUCUGAUGUUGUUUUUGCAUAAAUAAACAUUAUUCAAAUUCUAUGUGUUCUGUGUUUAACAAAUCGGUUACUUUUAUUCAACAUUUGGGAUAUAACUUUUAAGUUCACUGAAGCAGAACAAGCUAACAUGUCAAGCAAAUGCUGCAACUCAUAGUAAUUCUAUAGGAUUUAUUAUGAUAUGUGAAAUACAAAUGAAAUCAAAUUUAAAAAUAAGAAAACUCUCAGUUGCAUAUCUUUUCCGUAGACUUUUGCUUUUUAAUUGACGAUGCGAGGAUUGACUCUCACUUCUCCCGUCUCCUUGACACCAAAGUUCCCAAGUUUCACCAUGGAAAUUGCAAACUCUCUGAAGAAGGCCUUCUGGUCUCGAGCAUAUGUUUCAACGAUCCACUUAGUCCGGUUAUCUCCUAGAAGCGCCUGAUCAGACCCAAACACACCUUUUCCAGAUAGAAUCUGCUUGUAGUAGUCAUUAUCAAAAACCGCGG